GUCAAAGCAGAGAUUUAUCACAUUUUGAACGUGGAGAAAAUGUUUAACUAUAUUGUAUGAAUUCUAUCAAUUGAGAAUAAUUAAAUACCAACUUCAUCAUGAUAAAUGGACGAAUGAGAUGUCCUUUAUACAUAUUCAUUCUUGAAGUCAUUGUUAUCUUUUACUUGUAUGCAAACAAUGGCAAAAUUCAACCGUCAAGGCACACACAAAAUAAUAAAACUAUUGUAGGACAAUACAACAAAAUGAAGACUUACCAUAAUAAUCAAGACAUGGAAGAUAACAUUAAACAGGAACAUUUGGAUCAUGAACAAAAUAUGAAUCAAGAUAACUCAAGACACGAGGACAUCAAUAAAGAUAAUGUGGAUUAUUAUAACCAAGGAGAUUUGGAUACUAAAAACCAAGAAAACAACAGUAACCAACAGGAUCAACGUGACCCAAAAAAUAUUGAUCAUGAUAAACAAGAAAAUGUGGAUUAUGAUAACCAAGAAAAUGUGUAUCGAGAAAACCAAGGAACUGUUAAUCGUGAUAACCAUGAUAAUGUAAAGUAUGUUGAACAAGAACAUGUGGAUCAUAUUGAUGAAGAAACUGUUGACCAUGAUGACCAUGCUAAGAAGGAUCACGUUAAACAUGAAAAUCUGGAUCACAUUAACUUAGAAACUGCUGAUCAUGAUAGCCAAAAUAAUGUGGAUCAUAUUAAGCAAGAAAAUUUUGAACAUAAUAACCUAGAAACUGUUGAUCGUGAUAACAAUGAUAAUGUGGAUCAUGUUAAACAAGAAAAUGCUGAUCAUUUUAACCAAGGAAAUAUGGAUGAUAUUAACCAAGAAACCGCUGAUCAUGAUAUACAAGAAAAUGUUGAUAAUUUUAACAAAGGAAAUGUGGAUGACAUUAAUCAUAACCCAGGUAAUAGUGAUCAGAAAAAACAAGAAGAUAUGUAUGCAAGAAAACAGGAAAACCAUGGUAACCAAGAAUCUUUGGAUCAUGAAUUCCAAGAAAAUGUAGAACAUGACAAUCAAGAAUAUGUGGAUCAUUUUGGAAUAUAUUCAAAAGCCAAUAGACAGUUGGUCUUAUAUAACAGAAUGCCAAAAUGUGGCUCCUCCACUAUGAUAUAUUUUCUAAGGAGACUUCGAAGAAAAUUUAAGCACAUACAAUCUACAAUAUAUUGGAAACCAAAACUAUCACAUGAAGAUCUUCGAACUUUUGUCAAAUCAUUCACAUUUCAUAAGGUUACUGCAAAACAAUGUGUUUUUGAUCGCCAUAUAUAUUUUGUUGACUUUGAAACGUUUGGAUACAAGCAACCAAUUUAUUUCAACAUUCUUAGGGAGCCACUUGAGCAAACUAUAUCAUGGUAUUAUUAUAUGUUUCAAAGAAUGGGGAACAAAGAAGAUGAAAGUAAACGAGAAAAAUUCUUCAAAGAGCACAAAAAACAGACAUUUGAGGAAUGCAUCAUGGAAAAUAUGAAUAGUUCUGCCCUGGAUGAAAAAUGUUUCUUAAACACGUUGAAUAAACCGACUAGUUAUGUUGAAUGGUUUUGUGGCCAUCAUGAUCAAUGCUCAAAUAUGACAUAUGGAAUUCCUAAAGCAAAAUAUAAUAUUGAAAAAUAUUACAUGCUUGUUGGUAUAAUGGAAGAAUAUGAUCUUACACUGUUAGCUAUGGAAAAACUACUACCAUCUUUCUUUAAAGAUAUUGGACAAUUUAACGCAAACAGAACCAGAUUAAAUACAGCACGGAAUGCAAAAAGAAGAGAACCUUCAACAGAAAUAUUAACAUUUAUGAAAGAACACCUGAAGUAUAAAUAUGAAAUAUACAAUUUUGUUAAACAAAAGUUUCACCUCACAAUGAAAAAGCUCAAAAUUGACAGGAAUUCAGGGCUUUGAAUGUUAAAGCCACACUGUACUUCUGAGCCGAUAAAAUUGUUCAAAAAAUUUUCUUCUGGCUUUAGAGUCCAUUUCAUGGUUUAAAAUCUUCUCUGAUGAUUCUAUUUUCAAACUAUGCAUGAAGAUCCAUUCAAAGUUGUCUAUUGAACCUUGGAAAGCCAUAUUUAGACUGAGGAUUGAAAGUUGUUCAUGAAAACUUCCAGUUCAUCUUUAUUAAGAUGAACCGGAAGUGAAUUUUCGAGUCGAGUAAAUCCUGAAAUCAUGGUGAUAAUGUUUUUUUUUUGAAUCGGGGAAGUCAAAACAUUACUAAUAAAAAUCAUAGUAAGCAUUUGAAGAUCAUUUAGAAGAAUUAUGUGAUUUUAUCGAUCAAAACAAUGUUUUUAUGAAUUUGUCUGAUAUCUGCUUAAAUAUGGUAACUGGGGUUGAUUGUUAAAUUACAAAAUAGGUUGGGUCAAGAAUAUGUCAAAGUCGUUUGAUCUCGUCCCAGAAGCUACAUUUGUUAAUCCUAUCGAUUAUAAGAUUAUAGAUAUUCAAAACCUAAUUCCCUUUGCCUGGGGGACAAGAUUUAGUUGCAGCAUUUGAAACAUGGAAACAUACCAGUUAUAUUAGCUUUUAGUGCAACUUUUUUAAGAUCUGCAGGAUUCAAUCUUAA